UUUCCUUUUUGCUAUUUCAGAGAGGUGAACUCUGCAACUCCAUGGAUUCUAACAAGUCAGCGACUGCUCCAGGCUGGGACAAUGAGAAGUCCUCAAUGGUUCAGAACCCACCUCCACCUUACUAUGAUAACCCGGGAGCCGUUCCGCCGGGCCAGGCUUACUCCCCGCAAGGUUAUGGAUGCCCCCCGCAGCAAGGCGUCAUGUACAACCAGCAGGUGUAUUCACCGGGCCAGCAGUACCCGGGGCAGCCGGCCCCCGUCGUCAUGCAGCCCACCGUGUAUGUCACCCAGGGCCCUCUGACCAACCCCGUCAACGACUACAUGGGCUACUCCAUCUUCACCAUGCUCUGCUGCUGCCUGCCGCUUGGAAUCGCUGCCCUCAUCUACUCCAUCUCGGCCCGUGAAGCCAACCACACCGGUGACCAGAUGUCUGCAGAGAGGAACAGCAGGACCGCCAAGACGCUGAACCACGUGGCUCUGGGGCUCGGGCUCGGAUCCUUCGUCCUUGGCAUCAUUUAUGUUGUGGUGGUUGUCGUUGUAGCUUCCGCACACUAGUGUCUCCAUUUCAUACCUUUACUAUGCAUGCUUCUGUUACAUAAUUAUGAAUUAUACUGGCCAGGUUGGACGAGAAGCUGCCCUGUGGUUG